AUGGCUAAGGUAGUAACCUCUGAAGUUGAAAGAAGCAUUUCCAUCUCCUCCAACCCAAAAGACAAACCUCAUUACUCCAAAUUACAACAUCAACAUUCUCGAAGAUCACCAUUUUGCCACUUCUCACCUAAGCUCUCUGUUUACAUCCUCAUCACUUGCGGCAUCCUAUUCAUCCUCUUCCAAAUCCAAUCCUUAAAAAUCCCACCCAUUUCUCCAUCACUCCCACCCAACAACAUCAACCCAUGGAAUUUCAUGCACAAGUUGCAAAAAGUGAUCAACAUCAGCAACGCAACGCUGGCGGCUGAAUCCGAGCGAUGCAACCAAGAACUCAAUUCCCUGUCCUCCAAACUCCGCGACGCCGUCACUUUUCUUCCUCUCAAAGACUUGCGAUUCUCCAGCUCGGCGCAAAAGGGCCACACAUGGUUCAUGAGUUCAAUGUACGAUGCACACGAAGAAGGCGAAGUCCAAUACCAACAGUUUCCAUCUGAAUCAUCAAAAGGUAGGCUUUUGUGCCUUAAAGGUAAAGAUACACAUGAAGGUGCAUGGAAUUCAUAUGCUUUAGCUUGGCCUGAUUCGUUACCUUAUAACGCUACCUUUAUGAAAGGGCUCACUUUUGUAUCAUAUAAUCAUUAUAACUAUGAUAACAUCUGGCAUGGAUUAUCAGCCAUGGUUCCAUUUGUAGCUUGGCACAUUAAGAACAAAUGUGAACUGCCAACCAGAUGGGUUCUUUACCAUUGGGGUGAAUUGAGGCUAAAAAUGGGGCCUUGGUUGAGAACUUUAAUGGAGGCUACAUUUGGCGAACCGCUUUAUAUCGAAGAUUUCCACCAUUUUGAAGAUAAUAACAGUGAUGAUGAUGAUAGUCCGGCUUGUUUUGAAGAUGCGGUUGUGAUGAGGCAUAACGAAGGCGGGAUGUCGAGGCAGAGGAGGAUUGAAGUGUAUGAUUUGCUGAGAUGUAAGGCCAGGAGUUAUUGUAAUGUUAGUAAUGAAGGGAGGAGUUGGGAUGUUGAUGGAAAGGGAGUUCCGGUGAUCGGAAUGACUAUGUUCAUGAGGACCGGUCCGAGGUCAUUCAGGAAUGAUUCUGUUGUUAUUGAUAUUUUUCAGAAGGAAUGUAAAAAUGUUGAAGCUUGCCAAUUCAGGGUCGCUUACUCCAAUAAUCUCACUUUCUGCGAACAGGUGAAGCUGAUGAGUUUGACAGAUGUACUAAUAUCUCCACACGGGGCACAGUUAACAAACAUGUUCUUCAUGGAUAGAAACAGCAGCGUUAUGGAAUUCUUCCCAAAAGGGUGGCUAAAACUUGCCGGAGUUGGACAAUAUGUGUACCACUGGAUUGCUGCCUGGUCCGGGAUGAAACACCAAGGUGCCUGGCGAGAUCCCGACGGCGAAAAAUGCCCUUACCCCGAAGAUGACCGGCGGUGCAUGAACCUUUACAAGGGUGGCAAAAUUGGCUAUAAUCAGACUUAUUUUUCAGAUUGGGCUAGGAAUGUUCUUAAUGAGGUUAGAUCGAGGAAGGUUGAGGAAGCCUUAAUCUUGAAGAACAACAGUGCCACAAAUACUCUUGGUAGCAUUUGUACUUGCAAUUAGACUUAUAUUUUUUAUGAUAGAUUCAUAAGUAUAUUUUACUUUGAUGAUAUCCCUAUAAGUACAAGUUGGGAUCAUUUUAUUUUCGUUGAGCCAAAUUCUCAAUCUGAG